AUGAGCAGAACGGUCGAUGUAAAUAAAUGGACACGAAAGACUUUGUAUUUUAAGCCAUUACGGGAAGUAAUUCCGUCGAUAGUGUUGCAUUGCCGACAAAUAAGUAAGCAUUCGCGAACGUUUGCCGAGGCCACAUCGCCGGAAGGCGAUCUAUUACCUCACGUAUGUACGAUCAAUCGACCAACGCCCGGUGGAACAGGAUUGUGGCUACCGUGUGUGGAUGAUCUGAUGGAGCAGCCAACAUGGCACUCUGGGUUUAUCGUACCGAACUUAUGUCUUCAGUAUCCGAUUACAGUGCUUUGUAGUGGUACAUUCGACAGUGAAGAAGAUCACAAAACUGAUUCCGAGAAAAAGGUCGUCAAGUAUACUUUGGAUGUCAGAACAAACUAUGAGAUUCCUCCUCGGCGAAUGUUGCACUGUAUCUGCGAAAAGGCUUCUUUCCCUACCAUCGUCUCAAAUUUUGUAUUUAUCGAAAAGUCAUAUGCGGCUGUAAACUCUGUCGCGUCAAUGAUAAUUUGUCGAUCAUGUAUUCUAUAUCCUCGGGAUAUACCAGAGCAAACGUAUGAAACUCGACGCCUGCUCGUUGAAGCAAUUGCCAUGCAGCGGUUGGUGCACAUAUUGUUCCUCAAAGUUGGUCCGACUAUUGAUGUAUUGAGGAGAGAGACCCGCUUUCCGGCUAGACAGAAGAUUGCCGCUUGUCUCGGACGAGAUAAAGUUCAUGGCUUUGGAAGCACUGAUAGUCAUUUAUAUGUUGAAUCGACUGCUGAUAAGAGGAGGGUACCCGCAAGGAAUAAUAUCUCUGACAUGCUUCUUGAGAAGAUUUUUUAG